AUGGCUAAUUUUUCAUUGAUAUUUCGACUUUUAUGCCUCGUUUGUUGUUUUAUUGCCUUGACAUCAUAUAAAAUCAAUCGUCGCCCUUCGCUCGCCAAUCGACAUAAGCGAGCUGUGACUGAAUGGCGUUUUCGUCGUAGUCGAUUACAACCUUAUUCCUUUUAUCUUCGCAAUCAUGUUCUCGCACAUAAUUGGGCAAAUUAUAAUGAUGACGAUGACAGUCAAUCCAUUGAACAACGAAUGGAUGCUGUUGAGCCGAAUCUGUACGAAAGUAAACCAAGGAAACAUUGA